AUGUCUGUAGAGAUUAUUGUGGCCAAGUUCAACAUCCUCCUCCCUGCCUCUGUGAGUGCCCUGAAGAAGGUGUCAUGCCAGAUGGAGGUGGUCCCCACUGUCCGGCCCUGCAGGCAUCAGCUGGACAAGCAGACAGAGUGGACCAACAUGAAAGAGGAGAGCCUGAGGCGGAUCAAAGAAAACCUGACCUCAAUAGAACUCAACCUGGAGGAAGGCCUGGAGACGCACAAUGACGGUCAGGACAUCAACCAAGAGAGGCAGAAGAAGAAUGAGGGAUGCUGUAGAGGAUGGAUUGCGAAGUGGAUGGGGAGGAGGAAGGAGAGACUGAGGGACGAAGACGUGGCUAGGGAGCUCAAGAGGAUGGGCGAGGAGAGCCCAGGGAAGGUCUCUGGUCCUGUGUCUGGCAACACUGGCCUCUCUCCUCUUGUGACCUCAGCAGCCCGGACCCUGGCUGAAGCCCUACGGGCCCUGCCCUCUGCUGUGGCCCUGCCCUCUGCUGUGGCCCCUCCCUCUGCUGUGGCCCUGCCCUCUGCUGUGGCCCCUCCCUCCCCAGAGAAUGUCCCAAGCCCUCGGACUCCUCUCAGCCCUGUCAUUAUCACUCCGUCCGCUACAGAGAACUUCCCAUACCGCCACAUGCCUCGCCUGGCCCCCAUCACCAACCCGAGCCAGACCGGCAGGAAGCAGCUCCAGGAAAUGGCAGGAGUGGCCCCACAGGCAGGUUCAAUAAAGUGA